UACUAAGUCCACUGCAAGCAAAGUUUCAUGUGUCGAGAGAUGGACUGCAGUGAAUGCAUUUUGCUGAUCAUUUCUUUUUGCUGUGCUGGGGGCACAAGCUCUGAGUCAGAAACAACAGUCUAUGGAAGCCUGGGGGGCCCAACGCUGUUGAGCAUAACACCCAAAUUUCAGAAUUUUACUGUGCAAUUUAGCAACGCUCUAUGGAAACUGUCCGUUGGAACCAAGAGGAAACUUAUCAUCUGCUAUUCUGGAAACAAUUAUACCAAUCACAUGAAGGAGCAGAUCAAGUUUCAUCCUGAGAACUUCUCCUUGGAAAUACUGGACACCAAGAGAACGGAUGCAGGGCACUAUGAAUACAUGGUGAACAAAGGCUCUGAGGAAGAGUUUUUGCAUCUCCAGUUGGAAGUGUAUGAGCGGGUGUCCGUCCCCGACAUCCAGAUGGUCAGCAAGACCUUGGGGAACGAGAGCUGCACCAUGAACCUGAGCUGCACGGUGAAGAGCGGGGACAACGUGGCCUACAGCUGGAACUGCAGCGAGGGCAACACCUCCCAGCACCCCUACAAUGACAACUUCCUGCACCUCUUCUUCCCCUCAGGGGAGGGCAGCUUCUCUUGCAAGUGCACCGCCAGGAACAAAGUCAGCCAGCAAGCCACCAGGUUCAGCUCCUCGGUGGAGUGCAGCAACAAGCCAGGCGGCUCGCUCAGGAAUGAACUCGUGGAAUCCAUCGUGCCAAUAGCCAUUGUGGGGGUCCUGGUCUUCGGUGCAGGGGUCACAUACUGGCUGAGACACAGAGGCCAAAAAGAUCAUUCUCAGCUGAAGGAGGAAAAGGAAAGUUGCACAAUUUACUCACAAGUCCAGAGAGUGGAGCAGCAGAAAGGCUCUCGCCCCCCUCCCGUGGUGAAGUGCUCUGAGUGCACCACCAUCUACGCCUCCGCCACCGGGCUACCUCCAGACACGGCUCAGCCCCAAGAUCCGGGGCUGAUGACCAUUUAUGACAGCGUGAUGCCCGCCGGUGUAAUGUCAGCUUCAUCAGAGAGAAUUUCUCCCAAGACCCUCACAGUCACAGGUGGUCUGUACCCGCUCUGGAGACAUCAACAGACUUUUACCCUGCAUGCAGCAGAAACCCAUCUCUCCAGCUGGCCGAACUUUUACCACGUCCACGCGAAAUCCCACUUGGCGCCACAGAAACGGGAUAAAACUCCACCGUGCAAUAGCGCUUGGCAUAACGUGUCUCAUCCAAAUCGAGACCCGCUGCUGUAAACGAGAGUCAAAUAGUUCGUAACAGCAGAGCAGCGGGGAAGCAUCUAAGUGAGGGGAGACACCCAGGAGGGACCUUGCUAUUGACUUUACGUGAGAGGAGCCCAAAGACAACCAUGAUCGGCGACCAUAUAAAACCCAAGGCUGGGCAGAUAGAGAGACAAGCACAGGAAAAAGAGGGAGGAUCGCAGGUGAGACUGGCUAGGUGAGGAGACCGAGGGAGAUACAGAAAGGCUGCUCCCGGUGACCGGAGCUGCAUAGGAGAAGGUUCUCUCACCACCGCCAGCCAGAUGGUGCAAUGGCUCCGAAAGGAGGCUGAUGCUGGAGGACUAGAGGGGAGCAGAGACAGUGAAUCUGUCGAUUGCAAGUUCCAUGGAGGGUUUCAAAAAUAAAGCGAACUGGAUCCCAAGGGGCUGGUCCUCAGCUGGUGUAAAUCACCCUAGCUCCCUGGUCUGCAAUGGAGCUACAGAUUUACAUCCUCUGCGCAUUUGGCCCAUGUGAAUGCUGUCCCUCUGUAUUAUCACCCCGCUGCUGAUAGGAUAGAAAUGUUAGACCUGCCUCUCAGUCCCAGAGCAGCAGCAGGCUCCACGGGGAUUCUGCUCUGGGCUCCGGGAGGGUUAAUCCUGCUUCAAUCAGCUUCACACUGAGGAUGAAUUCUCCCCUGCCUGCUUCUGCAUAGUGAAAUUCACCCCGCACCGAGGUCCAACAUGAGGCCUGCACUCCAGUUUGAUCUUAAAUCCCCCUACUCAAUUCCCCAAAGAAGCUCCCACUUGUAAUACUGGCUCUGUCUGCAGUGGGGCUUGAACCGUGGAUCUCAAAGCAUGAGUUGCCCAGCUCUGUUGUAAGCUCACCAACCUUGCUAUGCGGGCCAGCCCCCUCUAGAUGGGGAUAGGGUGGCACAUUCGGUAGUUGUGGCUUGCACAAAGAGCUGAUUGGAGAAAUGUUUACAAACCCGAUUUCCAUAGGAAUGUGCAGUUCUACUAAAAUCAACACGCCGUGCAAAGUCAGGUCAAUUUUUUGCUGGAAUUUCAUUUCGGAAGAAA